UUCUCUUUCUCUUUCGUUUUCUCUCUCUCUUAUUGUUUUAUUUAUUUAUUUUCUUUCCUUCCUAUUCUGUUCAUCUCACCGCCCUUUUUCCGUCAUCAUCGUUGUCAUAAUUCAUCCACACACGACGCACUUUUUUCUUUUCUUCUUUCCCUGCAACUCCUUCUCUUUCUCUCUGAAUUGCAAAUCUCAAAAGCCUCAAAAGUUAGAAAGAGAAAGACCGCGCUCAGAAGCAGCAAUAAUUCACCUUCUUUUCCAACUAUAUUACUCUGUCUCUCUCCACCUCAUCAUCGCCGUUGAGAUCUCAGUGGAUUUCCUUCACAUUUGCACACAUUGUAGAGAGAGGAUACUUUAGAAGGGAACUUGAGCCAUGUCUAGCUCAGCGAAAGUUUUGGAUCCUGCAUUUCAGGGAGUUGGUCAAAGAGUAGGAACUGAAAUAUGGAGGAUUGAGAAUUUUCAGCCAGUUCCUCUGCCCAAAUCUGAUCAUGGGAAAUUCUACAUGGGAGAUUCUUAUAUCAUCUUGCAGACAACUCAAGGCAAAAGUGGCACUUAUUUUUAUGAUUUGCAUUUCUGGAUUGGAAAAGAUACAAGUCAGGAUGAGGCUGGAACUGCAGCCAUUAAAACCGUUGAACUAGAUGCUGCUCUUGGAGGGCGUGCAGUGCAACACAGGGAAAUCCAAGGACAUGAAUCUGACAAGUUUUUGUCAUACUUUAAACCAUGUAUAAUACCAUUAGCGGGUGGUGUGGCAUCUGGGUUUACAAAACCUGAAGAAGAGGAGUUUGAAACACGUUUAUAUGUAUGCAAAGGGAAAAGAGUUGUUAGAUUGAGACAGAUCCCUUUUGCAAGGUCUUCAUUGAAUCAUGAUGAUGUAUUCAUAGCCGACACUGAGAAUAAGAUAUUCCAGUUCAAUGGUGCAAAUUCCAAUAUUCAGGAAAGAGCCAAAUCUUUGGAAGUUAUACAAUUCCUUAAAGAAAAAUAUCAUAAAGGGAAAUGUGAUGUUGCAAUUGUUGAUGAUGGUAAGUUAGACACAGAGUCUGACUCAGGUGAGUUUUGGGUCCUCUUUGGUGGUUUUGCUCCCAUUGGGAAGAAGGUAAUCAGUGAGGAUGAUGUUAUUCCAGAGUCAAUUCCUGCUCAGCUUUAUAGUAUUGCUAAUGGUGAGGUUACCCCCGUGGAAGGUGAACUGUCUAAUUCAUUGUUGGAAAACAACAAAUGCUAUCUAUUGGACUGUGGUGCUGAGAUAUUUGUCUGGGUUGGUCGGGUAACUCAAGUAGAAGAACGAAAAGCAUGCUGCCAAGCUGCUGAGGAGUUUGUUGCAAGCCAAAAUAGGCCAAAAUCUACAAGGAUAACCAGGAUUAUUCAAGGUUACGAGACGCAUUCAUUUAAGUCCAACUUUGAUUCUUGGCCAUCUGGGUCUGCUAAUACCAAUGCAGAGGAAGGAAGAGGGAAAGUUGCAGCACUGCUUAAGCAACAAGGUAUGGGUGUCAAAGGAAUGGCCAAAAGUACCCCAGUAAAUGAGGAAAUUCCACCUUUGCUUGAAGGAGGUGGGAAGAUAGAGGUAUGGCGAAUUAGUGGAGAUGCCAAGACCGCAUUGCCAAAGGAGGAGAUUGGUAAAUUCUAUAGUGGAGAUUGUUAUAUUGUACUGUACACAUACCAUACCGGUGAGAGGAAAGAAGACUUCUUCUUGUGCUGUUGGUUUGGUAAAGACAGCAUCGAGGAGGACCAAACAACUGCUACUCGGUUGGCCAAUACAAUGUGUACCUCAUUAAAGGGUAGACCUGUACAGGGUCGCAUAUUUGAAGGCAAAGAGCCACCACAAUUUGUUGCUAUUUUCCAACCAAUGGUGGUACUUAAGGGAGGAUUGAGCUCCGGGUACAAGAAAUUAUUUGCAGACAACGGUGCAUCAGAUGAGACAUACACAGCAGAGUGUAUUGCACUUAUUCGAAUCUGUGGAACUUCUGUUCAUAACAAUAAAUCUUUACAAGUUGAUGCGGUGCCAGCAUCGUUGAAUUCUGCUGAGAGUUUUGUCCUGCAGUCUGGCUCUACAGUUUUUAUCUGGCAUGGGAAUCAGUGUUCUUUUGAGCAGCAACAGCUAGCAGCAAAGGUUGCUGAAUUUUUAAGGCCUGGAGUUACUCUAAAGCAUGCUAAAGAAGGAACAGAAAGCUCAGCUUUCUGGUCUGCACUAGGAGGAAAACAAGCUUACACAAGCAAGAAAGUUGUUAACGAAGUUGUCAGAGAUCCACAUUUGUUCACCAUAUCAUUUUAUAAAGGAAAGUUCAAGGUAGAGGAGGUUUACAACUUCUCUCAAGAUGACCUGCUAACAGAGGAUAUCCUUGUACUUGACACACACGCAGAAGUGUUUAUUUGGGUCGGUCAUUCUGUGGACCCAAAAGAAAAGCAAAAUGCUUUUGAAAUUGGCCAGAAAUACUUAGAUAUGGCUGCAUCUCUGGAGGGACUAUCUCCACACGUACCAGUAUAUAAAGUAACAGAGGGGAAUGAACCUUGCUUUUUCACAACAUACUUUUCUUGGGAUCAUGCAAAAGCUGUGGUUCAGGGGAACUCAUUUCAGAAAAAGGUGGCGUUACUCUUUGGGAUUGGCCAUGCUGUCGAGGAUAAGUCAAAUGGGUCAAGUCUGGGGGGACCAAGACAAAGAGCUGAAGCAUUGGCUGCUUUGAACAAUGCAUUUAGUUCAUCAUCUGAGAAAUCAUCCAGUAUGACACAAGAUAGAUUAAAUGGGUUAAGCCAAGGAGGACCAAGACAAAGGGCAGAAGCUUUAGCUGCUUUGAACUCUGCAUUUAAUUCAUCAUCUGGGACAAAACCUGUAACUCCUCCUAAGGCAUCUGGAAAAGGUCAAGGAUCACAAAGAGCAGCAGCAGUGGCUGCUCUUUCACAAGUUCUGACUGCUGAAAAGAAGAAAGUAUCACCCGAUGGUUCUCCUGUGGCUAGUAGUAGUCCUCUCAAUGAAAAUAGCCCCACUGAAGCUAAAAGUGAAUCCUCUGAAGUUGAAGAAGUUGCAGAGGCCAAGGAAACAACAGAGGAACUUGCCCCUGAAACUGCUAGCAAUGAGGAUAUGGAACCAAAACAAGAAACCGAGGAGGAGUCGAAUGGUAGUCAAAGGACGUUUACUUAUGAACAAUUAAAGACUAGAUCUGGUAUUGAUGUGGCUGGAAUUGAUCUUAAACGGAGGGAGGCCUAUCUAUCGGAGGAGGACUUCAACACUAUAUUUGGAAUGGAAAAAGACGCAUUUUAUAAGUUGCCAAGAUGGAAGCAAGACAUGCUGAAAAAGAAAUUCGAAUUGUUCUAGAGUUGCAAUCAAAGAGUGCAAUCUGCUUCUUUUGUUACUAUAGCUUUCCUCAGUCAUCUAAAAAUGCUCUUAUCUGUUGGAUAGGGUUUUAUUGGGUAUAUACCAUAGUUUGGGUUCAUAUGAUAGCGUUUUGCUUUCGGCCUAUAUGAUGGACGUAGCUGUGGUUAGUGUCCAAGUUUGAAUGUGACGCUGCAUGGAGAGUGAUUUUGAGUUUUCUC